AUGCACGCACAUACACAUGCCCCGAGCGCUGCCACAUCCCACGGAAAGCACCAAGUUCAGUUACCCACGGAGAAGCAGUCAGACCAGAUGGCUAGUCAACUUUUGACCAUGAAACUUGUCCGCGAGGACAGCUCUGUGCCCUGGGGCUUUCGUCUGGAGGGCGGGGUGGAUGUGGGCCUUCCGCUGAACAUAAAAAGCGUUGCACGUGGUGGAUUAGCCGAGCGCUGUGGUCUUCGAGGGGGAGACUAUGUCCUUCGCAUCAACCGAACUGAUAUGCGGGGCCUAACUCAUGAACAGGCGAAGAUGGAGAUUAUCCGUUCCAGCAAUGACUUUGUGAUAAUGGUUCAGCGUGGAGGGGCAAUUUCACCAAUUCGAACCACUACCACUACAACCACAAUUCAGCCCAUGACAGCGCGUGUAGAAGAGUCGGUUAUCCGCGGGGUUAUGGACAACGGACAAGCAAAUUUAAAAAGUGCUUUUGCAGCGCCUUAUUCGCCACCAAUUGGAGCUUCGCAUAACGUGAAUCCAGUGCCAUUCGGACAGGCACCUUUGCCUGGUCAUUCGGUGAUAACUCGAAACGCAGAGGGCAGAACACAUCGUAUCCUUCACUCCGAAUACAAUUCACCCAUGGGACUCUAUUCCCAACGCAACGCCUCAGCAUCUUUUGAGAACGCUUUAUCAGCCGCUGGAACUUCAUCACCCGCUAAUGUAACGCCGAAACUCAUCUGCGAUGCCUGCAGAGGUCCCAUUGCUGGAGUUAUGGUCAAAGUGCAUGGUUCAAUUCCCAUGCAUCCUGAGUGCUUAAAGUGUUCGCAGUGUGGAAUUAACCUCCGUAAUGUGGGUUACUUUUACAUAAAUGGUGUGCUCUACUGCGAAACGCACGCAAGAAGGGCCGCUCCACCACCAAGACAAGGACUACAAGCCGGAGUGAUGUAUAAGUGA